AUGGCGCUGCACGACUUGGAGAAGUCGUCCUCGUCGUCGAAGGACGAGGGAGGCUUCGUCACGACCCAGACGGCGACCGACGUCGAGCGCGCCGGAACAACCCCCGAGUUCUACGACCCGUCGAAGGAGAGUCUCGCGACGAGGCUCGGUGUCAACUGGGAGAGUUUCAAGCGCGCGCCGGGCGCCACUGGAGGACACCACAUUCACGGCGAGAAUGUCGACCCGCUCAAGGCGAACGAAAACCCGAUGCUUCAGCAGAAGAUGAAACCCCGGCACUUGCAAAUGAUUGCCGUCGGCGGAUCCAUCGGCACCGGUCUCUUCAUCGGUAGCGGUCAAGCUCUCCGCAAUGGAGGUCCGCUCGGUAUUCUGCUGGCGUGGUGCAUCAUAGGUGUCAUGCUGAUCAACGUGACCCAAGCGCUCGGCGAAAUGUGCAUACUCUUCCCAUGCUCAGGCAGUUUUAUCAACCUUGCCGUUCGAUUUCUCGACCCUGGCUUCGGAAUGGCCCUCGGCUGGAACUAUUUCGCCCAGUGGGCGGUCGUCCUUCCGCUCGAAAUCACCGCCGCAGGAAUCACGGUACAGUACUGGCCGGCCGCGGCGGACGUGCCGAUUGCGGCUUGGAUCACGGUGUUCUGGGUUGCCAUCAUCAUUGUAAAUAUCUUCGGAACGCUUGGCUAUGCGGAGGAAGAAUUCUGGUCGUCCUGCCUUAAGCUCGCCGUUGUCGUCAUCUUCAUCAUCAUUGGCAUCGUCCUCAACUGCGGAGGCGGCAGCGGUACCUACAGCGAUUAUGUUGGCGGCCGUUACUGGCGUGAGCCAGGUGCGCUCGCCAACGGGUUCAAGGGCAUCUGUGCGGUCUUCGUGACUGCCGCUUUCUCAUUCGCUGGCACCGAACUCGUGGGUCUCGCUGCGACCGAGACGCCAAACCCGCGCAAGACGCUGCCAACCGCCGUCAAGGGAACCUUCUGGCGCAUUACCCUUAUCUAUGUCUCUUCGCUGCUCAUCAUCGGUCUCAACCUUCCUUACAACGACGAGCGGCUUCUGGGCGGAGGAUCUGGCGCCGGUACUUCUCCGUUCGUCAUCAUGGCGACGCGCGCCGGCUUGAAUGGCCUCGACCACCUCAUCAACAUCACGAUCUGCAUUUCGGUGCUCUCCAUCGGAUUGUCCUGCGUCUACGCCGGAUCGCGUGUCUUGACCGCGCUCGCGGAGACCGGCUACGCCCCGAAGGUCUUCGCCUACGUCGACAAGUCGGGUCGACCCCUCUUUUCCGUUAUCGCCGUCCUCCUCUUCGGCCCUAUCGCCUAUGUCAACGUCGUUACCGCCGGAGACACGGUCUUCAACUGGCUCCUCGCCCUUUCCGGCCUCUCCACACUCUUCACCUGGGGUUCAAUCUGCCUCUGCCACAUCCGCUUCCGCGCCGCGUGGAACUACAACGGCCACAGCAUCGACGAGCUUCCCUUCAAGGCGAUGGGCGGCGUCUGGGGCUCGUGGCUCGGCCUUUCGCUCGUCGUGCUCGUCCUCAUCGCUCAGUUCUACAUCGCUAUCUGGCCGCUCGGAGGUCGCGCUGAUUCCGCUCAGCAAGCUGCCCAGGACUUUUUCCUCGUGUGGCUCGCUGCGCCCAUUCUCCUCUUCUUCUGGCUAUGCGCGUACAUCAAGAACCGCACCCUGCCGAGAAAGGUCCACGAGAUCGACGUCGACACCGGCCGCAAGACCUGGUUCACUGCCGAGGAGAUGAAUGCCUACCGCGCGGAGAGGAAGGCCGCCCCCUUCUACAUUCGUGUCUAUCGCAUCCUCUUCACGAACUAG